GUUGACCAGACGCAUGAACACACCAGUUCGGGAGAGAGGUUUGACGACUGAAUUCCACCGGACAGGUGAGAGACUUUUGUGAUGUCAGCCUGGCUGGGGGACGGUUUGGUCCUGGAGGGGGAGGGCAGUGGAGCGUCCAGCCCCAGCCCCAUCCGUAGCCCCCACCUGAGGGGCCAACAUAGAAGCAGAAGCAGCAGCAGCCUGUGGGGACGAGGAGCGCGAGGGGGCUUAGCGUCCCCUGGUGGUCGGGAGGCCCCUCAGCAGCAGCCCAACAUGGACAAGGCCACCGAGCUGUUUAAGCUGUGUGACAAAGAGGGCAAGGGCUUCAUCACCAAGCGGGACAUGCAGAGAUUGCAGGGAGAGCUGCCGUUGUCUCCUGAACAGCUGGAGUCGGUGUUUGAGAGUCUGGACCGGGAAAGAAACGGAGUCCUCACACCCUUGGAGUUCCACACGGGACUAGGGGAGCUUGUGGGAGAGCAGAAGACGGAGAUGGAGCCGGUGACGGCCCACCCAGAGGGGUCAGCUGCAGAGUCCGAGCGGAAGGUGGACCCUGGGGAGCUGAGGUUCACACAGACCCUGGCUGAGCUGGGGGCAGACACCGUCUUCACAGAUCAUUGGGAGCUGUGCUCGCUGUGGUCCGAGCUGCAGAGGGAGAGGCCUGAGCUGCUGAAGCUGCUGGAGGAGGUGCUGUCUCAGGCUCUGGCCCACCUACAGGACUCCCUGCGGGAGAGGGACACUUUGGAGCAGGCACUGCGCAGGAGGGAACACGACCAUGACCGUGAGCUGCGGUCUAUCUAUGAGGACAUGGAGAGCCAGAUCAGAGAGGAGAGAGAGAAGCGAAAAGCCCAGGACAGUAUGAAGCCAGUGAACAGAAGUGAGCAGCUGCUAGAGGAGCUGUUGAUGCGUGAACAGGAGCUGGAAUUCGCCCUCACCAAACAGAGAGAGUUGGAGAGCAGGAUAGCCAGUAUGUGUGCGGAGCAGGCGGCCACUCGCGAGCAGAACCAGCGUCUGCACCACCUCAACCUGCAGCUGCAGGGGCACCUGGACGCCAACCGGGACCAGCUGCAGACCGCACUACACCAGAUAGAACUCCUGCAGACCACCGUCAACCAGCACGCGCAGGGACGUGAGAGAGCGGUGCUGAAGGUGUCCAGGAACAUGCAGAGGGAGCGGGAGAGUCUGUCGAGGCAGCUGGACCUGCUCAGGGACAUGAAUAAGAGACUGCGGGAUGAGAAGGACGCACAUCAGUCUCAGAAGAGGGUUAGUUAUGAUCAUUCCUUCCCGUCUCCCUUUCCCUUCCCACAAUACACCUGUGCGCAGGUCACCUGCCCCUGGCCGCCGUGGUCAGUCCAACGGUUCUGACCCUGGUCUGGGUGGAACCGGCCCGAUGUCAUCACAGCACAGAUGUAGCACGAUACUGUGAGCCCGUCUGGACGAGUGUCUACCCUCUUAGCCGUUGAUUUUGGGACCGCUGUCGUCUUCAUUAUUGUCGUUCAUUUUCAUUUCAACCGACAGCGAAGUUCAGCAGCAUGUGUGUGAUAGGCCUCACAUCAGUGUCCUAGUUUUGGAAUGUAAUGUUUGGACGAAAAUGAGGGGGUAAAUAUCUGAAUUUAUGACCGUACAGUAUACCUCAAUGUCAUGCUUUAUUUAUGUUAUUCAACAAACGAAAAAUAAUGAAAGAAAUGACAAAGAUCAAAACAUUCUGUGAUGCCUUUUUGCUUGUGUACAAUGUUACCCAGAGUUAACAGAGUCUGCCGUUAAAGGUUUUGUCCUGAGCCAGUUCACUUCUGUACAAAUUAAUUUUCUCCUUUGUGAAUGUCUGUUGAGUAGUCAGUAAAUAAUCUUAGACUUGCAGUGGUCCACUGUGUUUCAAAUAGACUGUUACAGCUGCUCCCUAUUUCGUAAUUCAUAUGUGGGGCAAGCUUUCUUUUCUGUGUGGUAUGUUCAUAGGAAUGAUUCUGUUAAAAAGAAGGAGUAGAUUGUAUUUAAAGAUUGCUUUCUUAAAUGGUUUAAGAGCACUGGCUGUGUGCUUGUUAAAAUGUCAAAGUCAUGAACAAAUACACUCUUUCUACAAAAAACUUAAAAACAAAAAUAAAUCCUUUGUUGAGGGUA